AUGGUCAAAUUUAGAAGUUCUCAUCAAGAAAUGAAAAGGGUCAGUUUUACAGCAGAAAUUGCACAAUUUAAUAAAACAAGCUGCAAACUCUGCAAAUCAAUUAUAGAAAAAGGAGCAUUAAGGAUUAAAACUCACAGCUACAACUGUUGCAACUUUUUUCACCUCAACUGCUAUACACCUUCUCUCAAGCAAUACAUAUCUAAGUCAGAUCUUUGCAUAAAGCUUGACUCCCUUCAUAAAAAAGUUCUUGACGAUUGGCUUAAUAAUUGAAACCAAAAUUAUUUGCCUCUAGACAAGCCGUAUCAUGAACCGCCUAAACUUUUCAAGCUCAUUAAUUCUAAAUCUUCAAAAUUCAGAAGAUCCUGAAUUGAGAUCUUCAAAUAUUCCACAAUAAAAGACCUUGUUCGGAAGUUUUCACGUGUAAAUAAAGAGUUUUAUCAUAUAAGUUGAGACGAAGAGCUAUGGCAGUUUUUCUGUAUUAGGGAUUUCAGCUGCAUUGUACCAAAAGAUACUUAUCGAAACCAAUAUGUCACUAUUUUGAUGGAAAUUUGCUUUGGCUGCAAAGCUGUGCCAAAGGCUGAACACUUUUAUAGAUGCCCAUUAAUAGGGAGACCAUUAUGUCCUUGCUGUAGAUUUAAUGACAAAAAAUUUAUAGCAGUCACAGGGCCAUAUAUUGAGCGAGCAUAUAAUAUUGACCCAAAGGUUCUGGAUUUGAAGUUUGGCCAAGGGUAUGAUAAUAAAAAAAUAACCUAUAACUUUUUGGUUUGAGAAGCAUUGGCAGUAUAUCGAGAAAAAAAUAAAAAUGAUUUGCUUGAUUUUAUGAAAGAUAAUUGUGUGAGUGACAAAUUAAUUUGCAUGGUAGAAAAGAUAAGCACAAAAGAGAUGGACUAUACAGAUAUAUUUGGGAGAAUAGGAGCGAAUUUUGAUUCAAAGAUUAUAGAUAUAUGAUAUCAGCAAAUUUUUUCUUAUAUCAGAAAUGGAGAAGGAGGGAGUGAAUUCAAGCAAAGGCUUCUUAAAAAUGAACCUUAG